UUAGCCACCAAUCGCAGCGUAGAGGAUGUUCCUGAACCUAGUUCCUGUCCCAUUUUCAGUUCGUCUGCCUCUGUGCGCCCUUGAGUUAACGCCGUUGAGUACAAACUAAGCUCUUCAGCUACGAAGAAAUGGUGGCUUACUGGAGACAAGCGGGCCUGAGCUACAUCCGCUUCUCGGCCAUCUGCGCGAGAGUGGUGCGGGCGGCACUGAAGCCCGAUCUGAAGAUCGAGGCGGUGAAAGCCGCCGAGACCAACGUCAAGGUCACGAGACUAGCCAAGUCAUGAGCUGCUGGUGUUGGUCCAUUCUGUGUGGACAGACACCACUAUCACCCUGACUUAAUUGUUUCAUAAAUAUUAAUGGAAGGAGAACAUGAAUUUAUUGAUGUACUGUAUGUAUGAGACCUGGUAUAAAAGAAAAUGCUUUUCCCGCAAAUUACGUAAAUGUAAUAAAAUGGUCACAUGAUUGUUUUGUCUCUCGCUUUCCUAAACUGAAUUGAGUGAAGCAUGGAAAUUAAAAUAAGGAAUAUAAAGUUGAUAUAAUUAGUAGAUAUUCAAAACUAGUUAAAUUAAUACACCCUGAAUGCAUCUGCUCCUGCUAUUGCAAAUUUGUUUUUGUAAAAGAGUUGUAUUGAAAAUCAUUAAAGCUGGGGAACAUGUGGCUCUUGGUA